AUCAAAUUGGCUGUUUGCGGCGGUGUCAGGGGCGCGGCGUGUCUCAUACCCUCGACACCGCUCCUCGUCCCGACGUUCAACGUUCAACGCUCGCGAUGAUCAUGAAAGGCAUUCGCACCGGUACCCUCCUCGCCCUCCCGUUCACAGCCCUCGCCGGCGCCACCCAGCCCCUCGCCACCAACUCCACCGCCAUCUGCUCCAGCCCGCCGUACGACAGCUGCGCGUUCUACCCCGCCUGCCUCGAGGCGCGCUUCCACUGCGGGCCCGCCGGCUACCCGCUGCACUACGGCCUGCGCUUCUGCACCCAGUUCUCUGCGCAACGCGGGCAGCUCACGCCCGCGGGCCAGAGGUGGAUGCUCGCGACGAUGCACUGCCUGCAGACCGCGCUCGUCCCGCUCGCGACGGGUGCAGUCGACAUGAGCUGUGAAGAGCUGCAGGAGACGGCGUUCGACACGCACGCGGGGUGCUACAUCGGGAGCGGGCUGUGUGCGCUGGGAGUGAAAGACUGGGAGGCCAUCGUGGGGAUCGUGGGCGUGAAGACGCUCGUGGGGAGCUGGGACGCGUGGAAGGAGACGGCGGCGGCGGCGGGGGACUGCGCCGAGUUUCUGGCGUGGGCGGAGGGCGCGCGGGUGAAGCGGGCUCUCGAGGAUCUGUGAGUGCGAUGUGCGAUGUAUGUAUUUGGUCCCGUUCUGUGAGUUUAUUGCGUUGAUACGUCC